AUGGGUGCCAAUUCGCACCAAUGGAAUCCGGUGUACACUCCUGACCUCUCCCAGCCACAGCAGCAGUACCGCUCCACGCCUGUACCGCCCUCAUAUCCGGGAACAGGACCCUAUGGCUACACCUCGACGGUGCACCAUCCAUCCUCGUUGCGGCACAGCAUCAGUUCUCAGCCCGGCACGGACCCGGCUUUUGACCCAAUAAACUCAGCGAUGCACAGGCUGAUGCCGCACAGUCCGAUGCCGCACGUAUCCUACCACUCUGGCGUAGACGGAGAGCACCAUCCUGGGAUGAGCAACAGAGCGGCAGUCUCAGUUCCGGCCGAGUAUUCGGCAAAUGGGAGUUCAGGGGCCAUAUCCUUUCAUCCGCGAGCGAUGGAUAGUGUAACGCAAAAUUCAGGACCAGGGCCGACUGAGCACGCAGGCGCACAAGGCGGCCGCCAGCAUAUGAACUUGUUCGCGCCAAUCCAGACCCCGACGCCGCUCCGUCAGUCGCAGACACAGCCGGAAACGGAAAUACCCAUGCAGAAUUUACCUCCGUUCCAUCGGCCCACGGCCCAGCCUCUGGCGCAAGAGAUCCGUCAGGGGCUGCACAGCACCACACCAAUCCCCGGACCGAAUAGAUUGCCACCAGGCGGCAACAUGGCAGGAAGACAAGUCCACCAUCCGCAGCCCAGCCGCUGUUCAGCGGGCCCUCAUCAGCCGAGCAACAUGGCCGGAAGUGACGUGGAGGGCACGAUGGAGGAGAGCAUGAUGGAGCCUGGUGUCGUGACGACGGAUGGUGCCAGCCAUGAUUCUGCUAUGGACUAUGUGCUCAACCAGUCGCCGCAGGGGCGUCGUCAAGAGUGA